GCGGGGCGCUGGGAGGCUGGCUGAGGAGGCGCCACAUCCGGCGGCUGUCCCGUUGUGCAUAAAGCCAGCGCGGUUGGGGCUGCCGCCGUUGGCUUGAAAUCAGCAGCCCUGUCCUCUUCUCGGCUGCAGGAGCAGCUGCUCCAAUGCCCCGGAGCGGCCAUGAGCGCCCCGCACUGGUGGGAUCAGCUGCGGGCUGGCAGCUCGGAGGUGGACUGGUGCGAGGACAACUACACCAUCGUGCCUGCCAUCGCCGAGUUCUACAACACGAUCAGCAAUGUCUUGUUUUUCGUUUUACCACCCAUCUGCAUGUGCUUGUUUCGUCAGUAUGCAACAUGCUUCAACAGUGGCAUCUACUUAAUAUGGACUCUUUUAGUCGUUGUGGGAAUUGGAUCUGUCUACUUCCAUGCAACGCUGAGUUUCCUGGGUCAGAUGCUUGAUGAACUUGCAAUCCUUUGGGUUCUGAUGUGUGCUCUGGCCAUGUGGUUCCCUAGAAGGUAUCUACCAAAGAUCUUUCGUAAUGACAGGGGUAGGUUCAAGGUGGUGGUCUGCGUCCUGUCUGCAGUGACGACAUGCCUGGCGUUUGUCAAGCCCGCCAUCAACAACAUCUCUCUUAUGACCCUGGGCGUCCCUUGUACUGCGCUGCUCGUUGCAGAGCUAAAAAGGUGUGACAACGUGCGUGUAUUUAAGCUGGGUCUCUUCUCGGGCCUCUGGUGGACUCUCGCCCUCUUCUGCUGGAUCAGCGACCGAGCCUUCUGUGAGCUGUUGUCAUCUUUUCACUUUCCCUGCCUGCACUGUGUGUGGCACAUCCUCAUCUGCCUUGCUGCCUACCUGGGCUGUGUAUGCUUUGCCUACUUUGAUGCUGCCUCCGAGAUCCCUGAGCAAGGACCCGUCAUCAGGUUCUGGCCCAGUGAGAAAUGGGCCUUCAUCGGUGUCCCCUACGUAUCCCUCCUGUGCGCCAGCAAGAAAUCACCAGUCAAGAUCACAUGAUGGGAAGGCGGGGGCUGGCUUCGAAGCUUAUAUUUCCUCUUGCACUGGGCUUCAUUUGCCAGCAAAGACAGCUGGGGGCUUCUCAGAGUUGGGGGUGGGGUCUGUUUUUUUUUUAAAAAAAUUCUGUUCCCUUGGGCUCUAAGUAGUGUGUUUGUGGACCAUCAAGAGUCCACUGUGCAUGGUGAGAAGUGAUUGUCUUCUCGUUUCCCAAAGACGGAAAGUAGGGGGCGGAGGGCACAAGGCAUGUCUUCUCAGUGUCGCUUACAGAUGCAGUGGCCUGUUGGGCUGCGACCUUUGUGGCAACGGCAGAGCAGUCCUUUGGGGAACCCAGUGAUGCACAGUGACUUGCUUCCUGGAGACUUUGCCCUCUCCAGACCUCACCAUUCCCGUUGAUAGCCUGAUCUGGUGAUGGAGAACACCCACAAACUAAUGGAAGAUGCCAGAGAUUUUCAUUUGGGGAAACCAUCUUAAAACAAAACCAAGCAAAUGAAACACACAAAUGGGGCUUGUGGCUAAGAAAGCUAGUUUUCCGUUUGCAGCUCUCAAUAACCUAGGUUUUACAUGCAUUUGUGAGACCUUUAACUUCUACCUCUGCUGAGAGAUGGAGACUUGACUUCAGAUGAGGGGAUGCUAGUGAGAAAACCCCUCUAUGCCAUAAACUACUCUCUAAGCCAUUCUUGAAGAUGACAGAGUUUUAAAAUGUUGACAUUGUUUGUCCCCCACCCCAGCCCAGUAGCCUCAGACACACAAAGGAAUAGGUGUGGUGUGAGUGGUCCAUACACAGACCCUCCCCGCCCCCCUCACCUCUGUAACAUUGCCAAAGGGCUUGUGACAACUGUUAAUGGGGGUCAUGGUUCAAAGUCUGCAGCAAACAUGAAGUUUUGGAAGCCUCCCUGAUGCUGUCCUGUUCUGGAAAUUACCCUCAGGAAUAUGCCCUCUGCUUUCUCUAAUUUUUGCUAUGGGAAUUACACUCCGUACUGUCACAGUGUGAGGCACUUCCUGUGGUUUUCUCAUGUGCUGGCAGUCACUAAACACUGGCUGCUUUGGGUUGCUGGCGCGGCAGGCUGAGUCUGUUGCCUUCCGAGUUUUUCUCACCUAACGUGACACUGGCUACAACUCAAUCUCCUCUCCAUUGGGAUGAAUGGAAGACUCCAUAGCUGUCUCGGAGGUGUGAGGUGGGGAUUCAUGACCUCAGGGAUACUUAUUUUCACUCAGGCAUUUCUCGCUCUGUAGCAUUCCAUUGUGAGAGGGCAGGACGGACUGUCCUUGUGUGGACAGGAAUCCUGUCACUGUCCUAAGUACCUAAGGGUCAGGGAGCAGCAGUUUUUGGCAUGUCCAGAAACUCUUACUCUGGUUAGAAUUGCCUAGGAUCUAAGGCGCAAAGUCCAUUAAGGAUUUGAAUUCAGCAUUUAGAAAUGAAUGUCUUUAUCCUACUUCUGUGGUUUUCAAAUUAUUUUAGCAGAAUCUUGUUGGCAGCAAGAAAUCUUUAUGGCUCCCUAAUGUGUGAAAUGGGUUGUAUUUUAUUAGCUUAAAUUUAUUUUAAGAUUAAGCUUAUAGUAUUUCCUUAACAAUAUAUCGGGCAGUGAAAGUGCUAUUUAACAAUUUGGUGAUUUACAAGGUAGAAAAAUUGGUAUUGAACGAGAGUGUACAUGUUGCUUUAUUAUAGUUUAGAUAUAUGUUUUAAAAAAUGAUAUUUGAAUUAAAUAUUAGUGGAACCUCUGAUACACCUCUAUGAGAUCUAGGCGGUUCAUGAAACGGAACUUGAAAACCGCUACGUCCUUUGGGCUUCAAGUCUAGAAUUUUUGGAAGGGAGGCAUCAGGCUGUCCUCCUUGACUUGGUUGACUUGGCAGGCAUGGGUUCCGGUCCUAUCCAUUCUGCGGGGUGAAAAUGCUCUCCAGUAGGAGGUUUGGUGUAUUUUAAGCCCAACCGUUUUAGUGUGGAAGUGUAGGUAAGGAGGAAGUGGAGAGAGGUGAGUAGGAAAUGUUUUCUGUAUGUCUGUGAGGUUUCAUUUCUGUCUCGAGGGUUUCUUGGUGAAGAGAGCAUUGUCCCAACCGUCAAGGAAGAACAAUUUACCCCUAUCAGAUUUGGGGCUUGUUUCCUGGGAAACACUAUCUCCAGCUCUCGAGGCUUUGACCUUGUCCUUCUGGAAGUUCCUGGGUGUCCUUUGGAAAUAGGGACACAAUGUGACUCUGCUAGAAGUGAGGAAGUAAGCGCCCUGAUUUAUAGGGCUGUUUCUGUUCCUCCACUACAAGACAAAUGACUAAGUUCCGAUGUCAGAAGGAAUGCCUUGACAGGAAAAACACACGCUCUUCUAGAGAUCAGUUUUAAUGAGAAAGAAGUGUGAAAUGGGGCAUAUGUGAGGGGGACAAAACACAACUCUAGUUUUGAACAGCAGUCACUAUAGCUUGCCAGCGUAGGAUGAUAAAUCAAGAGUAGAAAUAUACCGAUCUUAUUUUAAGUUAGGUUUAUGGUAUCAUUCAUAUUUAUAGUUACAGCUAUAUUUAUUAUGCUUUUAUAUCACUACAUGCUCUCUAAAGAAAAUUGGGAUACUACUAAAAGUUGAGGAAGAAGAAAAAAAGUAAUCUGUAUUUCUAUAGCCCAAAGACAACCAUCGUUAAUAUUUUGGUAUAUUUUCUUCUCCUCUUCCCCCCGCCUCCCCUUAAUAUAGUUGUAAAUAGAUGUAUUUUAUAGUUUAUCCUGUAAUGUAAUGGAAUGAAAUAUAAAUGCCAGUUGUGGAUGUUUCACGAAGAGCAGGUUUUGAAGUACACUAGAGUUAGCUUUACACUUGACAGCUCAUCACCGGAUCCUGAGACAGACCACUGAGGCUUCUCUGUUAACUGAGCCCAACACGAAUGGGCCCUAAGAGAUAAUGGACUGAAUUCUACUUUUUGAUAGGCUUCUGCACUUGUAUUGCUGAGUCAUAAGAAAAAGCUGUUAAAUAUAUGGCUUUACAGGUUUUGACUUUUGCAGAUUUAAAAUAAGUGAAUAGCUUCUUUGGUUAAUAAAUGUGCAGUCAAGAAUCCCCACCCUUCUCCCCUCCUUAAUGCAGGGAAGUGGAAAUGUGACAUUUAGGAGUUAGGUCAUGGUGGUUGCUCAGCAUGGCUAUCAGAUUUUUAUUCUGGUUAGAAUUGGCUCAAAAUCACACCCAGAAGGAACUGGAUUUAGGAUUUUAAAAAAAGAAGUUGCUAAGUGAUUACUUAAGUCAGUGAUUCUUGUUUUACAGUGUUUGUUGAUUUUUAGAAAAAUUAUUCUCUUUAUGAUUAUAUUAUUAUAAAACAAGUGCUGCAGUGAACAUAUUUAAGGUCUGUGGGGAAGAGAUACUGAAUCUAUUUGGUUACAAGCUAUAUUUUUGGGGAACUCUGUGCCUGUCCCUCUGAAGAGUGCCUAAACCAUUAAUUAUGAAUCAAAGAUGUUCUAUUGGGGGACAAAGCUUGAUGAUCAUCAAAUUCAGGCUUUGUAAAAAUACUGCCACCUAUUCUGAUUAUAGGAUUUCUCAGGUGGAUAAAAAUGUCUUUCACCAGUCCAUCAUGCUUACGUGAGCCAGUGCCGUGUUGGAGGCUCCAGGACUGGGAUUUGAGCCCUUCCUGACUUUUUAUGCCUCUGGGCUGACAUGGAACCAGCCGUGUCUGGGGGACAGGUGAGCACUGAAGCCUAGCUGGAGGCCCUCUCAGAACUCAUUUUCUCCAGAUGAACUCAGGACCUUUCAUAGCCAGCUCUCUGCAUAGGUGCUGCCAUUCUAGCUGGCCAAAGAGAAGUCUUGGGCUCGGUUAGGGUUCUCAAUGGAUCUUACAGACAUCAUUCUCCUAUAGAUUUUUUUUUUU